CUUUUCUGAGCGCUAGUCAACUUUGAGUUUGAAGAUUCAAAUUUAAUUGUUUUUGCAUGAUUUUUGUUGUUUUGCAGAUUUGAUUUAGUGCGCAUUGUACACAUACACAUUCACUUCCAUAGACUCUACAAUCAUGAAAACAUCAGCUAUUCUACUUCUCGCCAUUCUCGGCAUGACAUCCGCUUCCGUUCUCAGCACUACGAAUGUAGCCACCGUUCUUGCGGGAGUGACAGCCCCAUCCUCUCUCGCCAUACCGGCCGAUGCUAUGGUAGCUAUCACUAAGCUUGGUACUGGCGGUGCAAAUGCUGCUUCAUUGACCGCUGCCGAGACUGCUGCCAUCAGCGCUUGUACAGAUGCUGGCCGAGCGAAAAACACAGCCUCAAAGGCCAACCUCAAUGAUGGGACUGGAAGUGCGGGAGCUAUUGCUUUUGUAACGAAUAAAGUUACGACUCACGCAUGCGAAACUGCUGAUCAACAAAUAGCACUGGUUACUUCAGGGACAGCGGCAAGUGAUACAGAUGUUAAUCUUUUAAUAUCAAAUGUGGGGGUUUUAAAUGUAAAUACCAAGGCUGCGGGGAUAAAUUCGAAGCGUGCGGUGGCGUUUGCGAGUUAAGGGUUUUUUGUUUGGCAGUAUUUACGAUGAUAAACAUGAUUUCUAUCGCCGGCUUUAAAUAUUAAUAC